AUGGCUGCGGAGGACGGCAGCUUCCGCCCUCGCGACGACGCGUCGUCCAUCGCCCUCCUGCGCAACCUCCGCUCCGGAGCCGCCGCCUCGAGCUUCCGAUUCAAGAACGCCCAAGGCAAACCCAGCGGGCACAGGCAGCGCGCCAUCGGCGGCGAUGGUACCUGCUGGCACUCGGAGGCGGGCCCUAAGCCCGUCAAGGGUCUCGACGGCGCCACGCUCUGCAACCUAUCCUACGGUCGCAAGGAAGGAGGCUCCAGCCGUGCAUUCAACCGCAUGGGAUGGUGCAUGACCGAGUACGACGAGAAACACGGCGGCGGCGACGGCGGCGACCAUGUGCUCUGCAAGAUCUAUCGCUCGUCUUCGUCUCUCGCUAAAGGGAAGUCGAAGCUGCCGACGACCCAUCACUCGUCCGGCUCCAAGAGGAAGGCGACGGGCGACGAACCUCUCGCUCGGCCGACCAAGAUGAGUCACAAGCACGCCUGCGCCGGCGUCGAUCAUCAGGAGGACUUGUUGCUUACUGACCAACAGAUGGCGAUGCCAGAGACCCUGUGUCCAACAGAGGAAGACCAGUUUCAGGAGAACAUUCAGUUCACCAUGGAGGAGUUGUUGGGCGGCCCGGUCACCAUGGAGGAGUUGUUGGGCGGCCCGGUCUACGGCGAGUACGGUGGCUGCUCCCCAAACACCCAGUUCACCAUGGACGAGAUGUUCAGCCGAUGCUGCGGCCCGCCCACAGCAGUGGCACCAAUGGAUGCUGGCUUCUUUGACGGCCUCGCCUUCUGA